GCCUGCCAAGCAUAGACGAUUGUUUAUGCGCCAGCACUUGCACCUCUUUAAUCUUGACCCAACAUUCGCAGCUCCCUGUCCACCCCUCACGCACGUGCUCUCCGCCCGCCCUCGCCGACUGACUGUGCGCAUCGAUCGACAACCGCCAACAUGGGCGAAUCCAGACAAGAAUUGCUGGCAUGGGUGAACGGCCUGUUACAGCUCAACCUCACCAAAGUCGAGCAGUGUGGCACUGGAGCCGCCUAUUGCCAAAUCUACGAUUCGAUCUUCCUCGAUGUGCCCAUGAGCAGGGUCAAGUUCAACGUCAACGCUGAAUAUGCCUAUCUCGAGAACUUCAAAAUUCUCAGCAACACCUUCCGCAAACACCAUGUCGAUCGACCCCUACCCACCGAGCAGUUGGUGAAAUGCAAGAUGCAGGACAACCUCGAGUUUCUGCAGUGGACGAAGCGAUACUGGGAUCAAUACUACCCUGGCGGCGACUAUGAUGCUGUCGGCAGGAGGAAGGGUGUAGCAGCCGGAGGCGCUCCAGCCCUUCCCCCAAGUGGCUCACGCACUUCUGGCGCUUCGGCUGGCGCUCGAAAACCUGCUGGUGGGCUCGGUGCGGGUGGCCCUCGCGCUGGUAGUCGCCAGGGCGCUGUCGGUGGAGCUGCCACUGCUGCUCUACAACAGAAGAAUGCCGAGCUCAUGGAAACUGUUCAAGGUCUCGAGCGCGAGCGAGACUUCUACUUCAGCAAGCUUCGCGACAUCGAAUUGCUCAUCCAAGGGGCCAUGGAAGCCGAUCCUACGCUCGAGGAGGAUGAUGGAAGUAUACUCAAGCAAAUACAGACAAUUCUGUAUUCCACUGAGGAGGGGUUUGAAAUUCCACAGGACGGAGAUGCGGAAGUUGCUGGCGAAGAAGAGACCUUCUAGAAGACGCGGUCCCUCCCACCUCCACGAGUUCGAAAGGCAUGACACAACAUAUGAUACCACUGAGCGUUGACGAGUAACGAGAAGGCGAGGAUAGACUGCAGCUGCUAUUAGGAAUCAUCGCAUUCCUUCCCGAGAGACAGAAGUUGCAAAUGCAGCUGAGGUGAAAGCCAAGUGCAGACCCUGGGAAAGAAGUAGCAGCAGACGAAACUAUGCAUAUUGCGCAUGCACAGUCGCACCAACAGCGGCAGAGAUAGCGAAUGCAUGAUGAAGGGAGCUGAAA